UAUUCCCCUCUCUCUCUCUCGCUCUCUCUCUCUCUCUCUCUCUCGCUCGGUUGGGCGUCGUAACCGUAGAGGCAUUAAAGAAGUCGGUCAUUUUAAUGGGAUUAUUGCUCUCCUUCGGUUUGGAUCCGCGUGCGGCGGUGCAGGGGGCGGAAAAAGGGUCAGCCUUGAGGGUGGCAAUGUGAAGGGGGGCAGCGCGGAGGCCGCCCGCUAUGGAUCCGAAUUUCUCAGUUUGCUCUUCAGGGCUCGUACUUGACCCAUCUAAAUGUAGUAAGUUGAGCAUCGAGGAGAAGAGAGAGCUCGUCCGUGAAUUGUCGAAGUGGCCAGAGAGCGCUCCUGAGAAGCUGCAGACAUGGAGCCGGCGUGACAUUUUAGAGAUCCUUUGUGCAGAGAUAGGGAAGGAGAGGAAAUACACUAGCUUAACAAAACAAAAGAUGAUAGAAUACCUUUUCAGAGUUGUUUCUGAUAAAAAAUCUGGAGAACAUACCAAAGACAGGGACUCUGCUCAGGAUCUGUGUACACACAGCCCCCAAACCCCAGCUAAGAGACAGAGAAAGAAUGACCAUCCUUCACGUUUGCCCAUCACUACGGACAAUCUGCAGUCGGGUGAUGUUGAAGAAGCUUCGGACAACAUUAGAUACUGCAAGAAUUCAGCCUGCCGGGCGACUCUUAACAUAGAAGAUGCGUUCUGUAAGCGGUGCUCAUGUUGUAUAUGUCACAAAUAUGAUGAUAAUAAAGACCCUAGUCUUUGGCUGUUUUGUGGCUCAGAGAACCUUUCUCAAGGUGACUCAUGUGGCCUGUCUUCUCAUCUUGAGUGUGUUCUUAAGCAUGAAAAAGGAGGUGUCAUGAAGAGUGGGCAGUGCACAAGAUUGGAUGGGGGCUAUUACUGCAUAUAUUGCGGAAAAGUUAAUGACUUGCUAGGGUGUUGGAAAAAGCAGCUCAUGAUUGCAAAGGAUGCACGACGAGUCGAUGUAUUGUGUUAUCGGAUUUCUCUUAGUCAUAAACUUCUCAACUUAACAGAGAAGUAUGCAAGUUUGCAUGAAAUAGUUGAGACAGCACAGAAGAAACUGGAGGCUGAGGUUGGAUCUAUCGAUGAUUUACCAAACAUGGCACGAGGAAUCGUCAACCGACUUUCUGUUGGUGCUGAAGUCCAGAAACUGUGUGCCUGUGCAGUAGAUUUACUAGAUACAAUGCGCUUAGGUGGUUUAUCAGCCACUGCUCAAGUUCAGCAAACUGGUUCAGUAUCCUCCAGCUUUAUCAAAUUUGAACAGAUAUCGCAAACAUCUCUUACUGUGGUUUUGGAUUCGGAGAAUAAUUCGUCAUUAGGUCAAGAGGUAGCUGGCUUUACCGUGUGGCACCGAAAGGCUGACACCCCAGAAUACCCCAAGAAAGCCUCAUUUUCUCUAUUAAAUCCAAAGAGAAGGUUUCUAGUAACAGAACUAGCUCCAGCUACAGAAUAUAUGUUCAAGGUGGUUGCCUUCGGCGAUACAGGGGACCUUGAUACAUGUGAAGUUGGAACAAAAACCAAAGGCAUCUCACUGGACAACUCUAUGGGCUUGGCACCGCAGACAGCUGUAUUAGAACCACAUUGUCAAAGCCCUAAAACAAACAGUAGUGGCUUGUCUAAUCCCUCAGAGGGUGACGAAUCUAAUACUAACAGUACCGCUUGUGCUGACUUGAACAAGUUGCCAGAAAUAGAAUUUGAUGAAUGUGAGAAGCCUGAGAUCCUUGAGACAGAAAAAUCAACGGAUCAUGCCCAGAAAGAUGCUGGCCACCAAAAGAGUGAAUGCAAGGGCAGUACAAGCAGAGCAGAAGUUCCUGAACGAGAUGAAUCACCUGGGCGCUCUGAUUCUGUAUUAGAUGAGGAACCAAACUCAACGAUUCGGACAGAUUCCACUAACUCUAUGGAGAAUAACCAAACAUCUGACAUCCCAAGAUCAGAGAAUGAAUCUAAUGCUCCUGUUGUCAACGAGAUGGUGAUUGUACCAUUUGUGCAAUCCAACUCCACCCUUCCUGCCACUCCUUGCAGGGUGGAAGCUGGAACAGAAGGUUCUGAGAGGUGCAGCAAAGGAAAACCUAGUGUCAAUAAAUUUGAAGAUGGCUUGAUGAAGCCAGGCAUGGAACCAGGGAGUUCAUCAAAGAAAAGAUGUGGUGGGAAUCUUGAGGGUGUAAAUGUCAAAGAUGGAUCACUGGAAGGAGCAUACGAGUAUUGCGUGAAGGUGAUCAGAUGGCUGGAAUGUGAGAGGCACAUCGAAACCAACUUCAGGGUGAAGUUCUUGACAUGGUUCAGCUUACGGGCAACCCCGCAGGAGAGAAGGAUCGUUAAUGUUUAUGUCGAUACUCUAAUAGAUGAUCCUGUGAGCCUUGCGGGGCAGUUGGUGGAUACCUUCUCAGAAACCGUCUGCAGCAAGAGACCACCCCGAGUGCCGACUGGCUUCUGUGCUAAGCUCUGGCAUUGAGACUCGGGGAGCCAUUCUUCUCGGUAUUCUACGAGACAAUUAUUUACAUGCAGAUUUGUGGCAUUAAUUCUUCAUCAAUUAUGUGUUCAUGGAUCAGCAAAUUUCAGGUCAAUUCCUAUUGUUGCUCAUUGACAAUCACACUUUUAUAUGUAGUUGAAAACUAGUUUUCAUUAACAGAACUACUUGGUUCUUAA